CGUGGCGCGCGGAACGACAGAAACAGCUGUUUCUUUUCCUAACCUCUUCUCCACAACACUGCUGAGAAGUUCCGUCAGUUUUUCCUCGUAAACAAGAACGUGUUGUGAGGGUACGCGUCGACAGUCACAAGCGAGCUGAUAUUAUUCGUACUGGAUUGUUAGGUUAAAUCAACGACUAUGGUGAAGAUUAGUCAGCGAUCUAAGCUCGCCCCGGACUUUGAUCUUUUACGAGGCACCAGCUAUUGGACGAAGGUUAAGUACUUCUGGCGCAAAGGGUGGACCGAAAUCCCCGUCAUAAUGGCAUGCACACCCUUGACAUUGAUAGCGACUGGUGGAUUUGGUUUCAUGGUUUGGUACAUCAAAACGCACGAUAUGACCCCGAAAUAUCAUAAACUACCCUUAAUUUACAGACCGGACGACCCGAGAGUAAGCAGAAUUCGUCACGAAUCGUGGUUCGAUAAGUAAAUUACACUUGAUCGAUGGUGCGCUGUGACAGUGUAUUAUUAUGAUACACUUAUUAAUAUUGUAGGAAUAUAUAAUACAUAAUACAUAUAAUAAAAUUAAAAAAGAAAAUAAUAUAAAUUU